AUGCUGCUGGACCUGUCGAACUGCAACCUGAGGAGCCUGGAGGACUCCGACCUAAUCCUGGAGAAACUGAUCGAGCAGAACGCGGACUACACGAGCGUGACCUACCUAGACGCAUCCAACAAUUCGAUCCGGUCGCUAAAGGGACUGAGCUGUUUUGAAAAUCUGAAGACCUUAAACAUCUCACACAAUUUUUUAACCUCCUUGGAUGGAGACUUCAUCCCCCCCUGCACGGAAAAAAUAAUUGCUCACCAUAAUGACCUCACGGAUAUAUGUUUUAAGGGGGUGAAGAGGUUACCCGUCGUUAGUGAAGAGAAGGAAGUGCAUAGAAAUUCCUACCAUGGGGGUAAGGUCAGACAGGAGGGUAAACCCAAAUGCGGUGUAAAUUGUAUGAAUGUCUCUUUCCCGGUUGAAAAAGGAGAGGAUUCACCCAAUUCUUCCUACAAUGAUACUUAUGGAAACCACGCACUAAAUGAAAAGGUAUUUUACACGAAUAGAGACUUGCCACUGAACAGGUUGUCAUUUCUAGACGUUAGUUUUAACAAGAUAAAAAAGCUGACCACCUUUGAAAGGUACCUACACAUAAUCAACAAGAAGAAUCAGGAGAGAAGCCUCGAAGGAGGGUACUCAGAUGAGGGACACAUAAAUGAAUUCAUCACCAACAAAACAGAGCAGGAUGUUAUGCUCCUUUUUUUUAACUCCUUGGAUACCCUUUACCUAAGGGGGAAUAAACUAACCAACCUGAAAGGAUUGAGCGUUUUCAAAAAUUUAAAAGUUUUGGAUCUCCGUUCUAAUCUAAUUAACCACCCGGUGCAAUUGUUUUACCUCCUCGAUAACGAGAAUUGGCUGAAGCAAUACAAUGAGAAGAAUGUCAGUAAAGAGGAGGACGCCUUUUCUUCGUGCUCUCCCCCCUCCUCCCGAAAUCGCUGCUACUCGUACUUCCUUUCCGUUUUGCAAAAGUACAGGAACCUAAAGUGCCUACAAAAUGUCUUCCUGCGGGGAAACCAGCAGGUGCUCAGACCUAAACAUCUAUUCCUGAGCGUUUGUGACGUCCUCAGGUGUGCCAACACGAGGGGGAGGUUCACCACGGAUGUCUCCCUGGGGGUGGAGCGUGAAGAAGGGGACGAAGCAGAUGCAGUAAGGGAGGUAGAUGAAGAAGAGGUAGACCAGGUGGAAGCGGAGGAAGCCACUGGAAUGGACGACCUGGUGGAAGAUCUUCUCAGAGCUGGCAGCAACGAAGAGGCCAGCCAAACGGAGGAGACGGCAUCGGAGGGGGGAUACUCCGAUGGGGGAGAUUCGGACCAGGUCUACUUGGAGGAGUCCCUCAUCGGGGAGGACUCCUUGGGUAUGUCUCUCAGCAAUAGGGGCAAGGAACCGGCGGGUCAGGUGCAGAAGUUAAUAAAAACGGUGGAGGUAAGCUUGGAGCAGAGCUUGGCGUCGAACCAGACAGGAGGAGAGCAAAAUUCCCCAGAGAAUGUCAGCGAAUCAAACAGCUUAGAGAAAAGAAGGGUACUUCCGAACGGCGCAGGUGAGUUGGAGGAAACGAGUGCAUACCGCUAUCUGAGGGAAGAGAGUGACGACGUUGACGAGGAUGACGCAAACUGGGAAGAAGUAGGCGAUGAUUCCAUCCCAUCGGAGGAACAUAUAGAAAAGCUAAUUAAGAACAUGAAUCGACACGUGCCCACGAAUGCGUCAAAAUUGGUAACCCCCACAAGUGGAAGGAUAAACGAUGACGUGAAGGAGCAACAUUUCCGUGAGAAGGAACCCCCCAUGAGGGAGACAAGCCAGAGGAAAGCGAUUAAUGGGGUGAAGAGUUCAAGCUCAGAAGGUGAAAAUGGGUCGACGUAUGAAGGGGUGGUCAGGCAGGAGGGGUUAGGCGAUUCGUCUUGCGAGGGAGGUGAAUCCGACGCAUCGGAUGCGGAGGAAUCCAAUAUGGAGGAAGUGGAAAGCGGGGAAGACGUCGAAUCAGAACGAUCUGAAGCUUCUCCAAAUGGCCUUCUCCACGUUGUCCGCCGUCGCAACGCAGUGAACGUCGAGGAGGACGAAACGAGUUGCUCCUCCUCCGUUGUGAAUGCCAACCAGGCUAAGAACGUAUUAAAGGAAAUCCUAAUGAGCAGCCAGGGGGCGGAAGGGUACAGCUCCCAUAAUUCCUCCUCCAUGGGCAGCGACGUUUUUGAGGGAGACUCGGAUGAGGAGAGCACGGGGGGGGAGGAGUCAACAUGGGAAGACACUACACGGGGGGAGCCAACGCUAGAGGAUAUUAGACAGGGGAAUAAUUGGAGCGGAAAAGGCGUAAGCGCAGAUCAAAUUAGGGUUGCACCAAAUAAGGGUAGAUGCACCAAUGCAGUGUUAACUGGUCGUAUGAGGAGGGAACACAAACAUGUAGAAGGCAACACAGCAUUCCGUAGAGACCCAAUACUAAGCAAGGCUAUUAGAGUGGACACAACGAGAGGAACAGAUGAACCAAAAGAUGAGAAGGCAAAAGGGUUAAUUAAAAAGAGGAAUCUAAAUGAUGAAGUCCAUGUGGGCAAUGUUAACGCUGCAGCUUCUGGGAAGGACGCAAAAGAAGACUGUCUUGAUGGAAGGAGGAAGUCAAAAAAUGGGGGGAAGUUUGCCUUGGUGACUAAGGUAGUACCUAGCAGAAGAAUCAACGAGGAAGAUCCACCACGAGAGAAAAGCACACUGAAGAGGGAGGACGAAGGGGUGUUCGUAAGUGCAACGAAUGGAGCGGUGAAAGAGGGAAAAAAUAUUUGCAAGGAGAGAGAAAGAAAUGAGACAAAACUGCGUGACAGCGAGAUGCAGGAGAAGGAGGAGAAGAAGAAAGCGCUAAUGGAGUUGGUAAAAUUAGACUUAUGUAAAGGUGAAAAGGGGAAGAGACAUGGGAAAGGAGACAAGAAUAACGAACCAUGUGUCUACAAGUCGAAGGAUAAAAAAUGCCGUGACUACUCUGCAUCUGUCAAAUCAGAAUCCACAGAUGUAACGGAGAGGGAUUCACAUAAUCAUAUGCUCAAAGGGGAAGAGAAGCUCCGCAUGAAUUUCCCCUAUGGUAAUGACUUGGGGGAGCUGCAUAGGUCGAGGGGGAUCAGCGUCUACGCGUACCCGAUUCGCAUAGAGGAGCGGACGACCGUAGGAGGGGGAAGCCAUGACAAAGAAAGCAACCCUGAUGAAUUAAACAACCGUGGGGGAAAACAAACGGAGAGCUCUCCCCCCUCCAGCAGCGCCGAAAUAUUGCAAAAGCUGAGCGACCUGCAAGCGUCCAGUGAGAAAGACGCAACCCUCAGCAACAGCCUGGCCCUGCACCUGAAGGAAGUCUGCCUCACGCUGGGCAAGGAAAAACAACAGAGUGACAUCCUCUUAGAACAAAAUGAGAAGCUUCAGAAGGAAAUAGAGAUGCUAAAAGAGAGUAAGAAAAAAUUAAAGACGAAAAUGAAAAAACUGGAAAACUGUUACAAGCAAAAGUGCACAGUUGUCAAGAGGUACCAGCAUAUGAGGCAGAGGUUUAAACUGGCCGACCAGGAUCAGGUGGACAUGCCAAACGAUGACAUAGAUCAUCAGAACAAAUACAUCGAGAACGCUAUGGAGCAGCUUUACAACGUGUUCUCCGACGUGUUUGGGGAAGACCACGUAAUGACGAAGAGAAUUGAAAGCCUAGCCAAUGUGUACAUAAAAAAGGAGAAGAGCGUGGAAAUACAAAUGGUCACCCAGAGGAAGCAAUUGGAGCUUCUAAAAAACGUGGAGGAAAUCGUAAAAAAGAAAAACGAGUACUACAACGAGUUGCAAAAGAAGAACGAAAUCAUUACCAGCUUGAAUAGCAAUUUGGCCAAAAUAACACAAAGCGUUGCUGACAUGAAGAAUGGCGUUCUCGAAAGUGAAAAAAAGAUGAAAGACUUGACGACGCAGUUGGCAAAGAAGGAUGCCCUGUUAAAAGAAUUCGAAAGAAAAAACAGCCAAAUGAUGGACGAAAAGGAGAAGCUGUUUCAGAAGGAACGAGCACAGCUGCUGGACUUACUCAAUGAUAAAGACGAAAACGUGAAAAGCGUGAAGCAGUACAAAGAAGAAAUAAAAUGCCUCGAAGACAAACUGAAAAAUUACUUGGACCGCAAUGUACACAAAAUACACGACAAGAACUACGAACUCAUGGUCGACAAGCUGCACGACGAACAAAUAAAAAUGCACUCCCUGCUGACCGAAAAGGAAAAAAUUAUUAACGAGAAAAACAUCCAAAUUGAAAACUUGGAGUCCCAGUUGCAGUCCUGGGCCGACGAGGCCACCAACUGGGUGGUCGUGGCGGACAAGCACACGAAACUGAUAACAAACCAUAACAUAUUAAAGAAAAACUACGAAGAACUCAAGUACAAAUACAUCAUGGACAUGAAAUACGUCCAAACGAAUAAGAAUGAGAAAGUUAAGGAGCUGAUACGGAAAUAUGCAUAG